AUGAAUGUGGGUGUGGCACACAGCGAGGUGAACCCUAACACCCGGGUCAUGAACAGUCGAGGCAUCUGGCUGACCUACGCGCUGGGUGUGGGAAUCCUUCACAUUGUGCUCCUGAGCAUACCAUUCUUCAGUGUGCCGGUGGUGUGGACGCUUACGAAUGUCAUUCACAACUUGGGAAUGUAUGUGUUUAUGCACGCGGUAAAAGGGACGCCUUUUGAGACCCCCGAUCAAGGCAAGGCCAGACUGCUCACACACUGGGAACAGCUCGAUUACGGUGUGCAGUUCACGUCCUCCAGAAAGUUCUUCACCAUUUCCCCCAUCAUCCUAUAUUUCUUGGCCAGUUUUUACACCAAAUACGACGCCGCGCACUUCUUCAUAAACACGGCGUCUCUUUUGAGCGUGCUCAUCCCCAAGCUACCGCAACUGCAUGGCGUGAGAAUCUUCGGAAUUAACAAGUACUGA